UCUUCUUAUCCGUAUUUGCGAUAACAUUUUCUUUUAAUUGUAUAAACAAAACAGACACACACACACACAGAGAAAGCGUGAUGAUAGAGUUUUAUUAAUUUUAUAUUAUUUUUUAUUAAACACCCACGGCCCACGCCCCCCAAUCCAACAGGGGGGUUUUCCGUUUUCCCGCCCUUUUUUCUUUAUUAUUUUUUUUUUGUUUAAAUUUUAACCGCCUUUUCCGAGCGUGCGAUCGCGCAGUUUUAAGUUUGUUCGUUUGUUUUUUUUUUUAGGAUUAAGAAGCGGGCCGUGCUAGGAGAAGCUGGUGCAUAAUUUAUUUCGAUAAGUUUAGGCAACAGCUACCACAAAUCACUGAAACUACAGCAAAAGAGAGAGAGAGAGAGAGAGAGGGAGAGAGGAAGCUAGGUAACAGUAGCACAUACACACACACACAAACCUUCAAGCAACGCGAGCGAUCGCCCAUAGUACAACCGUAAGCAGCACAGCGCCGUACCGAGAUCCUUUUUAAAAAUGUUCCAAGGAACGAAACGGGCAAACAUAAGAAAGAGCAGCAACAAGAGGGAAAAGAGAAAAAGAAAGGACUAUGGCCCACGCACCCCUCCCGCAAAUGUUCAAAGUACAAACGAGACAAAUCGAAUUGAGGAAAGGCGCGGACAUGCGGACAACAAACGAGAUCGAAGCGACGGUCCCGAACAGUUGAUCAACAACGUGGUAACGACACAUACACGCGAAAUGUGGCAGUGAAUUAGUAUUUUCUUUUCGUUUGUUGCAAUAUUGUAACUGAACCGAUGGUUUUUUAUUCCCCCUAAAUCCCAUCCUUCAUUUGGUAAUGUGUGACACGAUCGCGUUUUAAUGUGUGUGCAAUGUGUUUCCCUAUUUUUCUUUUCUUUUCCCCUAUAUGUUUUUUCCCCCAUUUUUGGUUUGAUUGUUGCGCGCGUGUGUCUAUGUGCGUUUGCUGUACGUUUAAGUUGCAAAAUGUUUCUCAAACUUUGUAAUUAAAUGCUGUAAGAUAAUAGUUACGUUACGUAAGUUCCCCGAUUUUAAGGUGCACAGGCGCGUACAGUUUAUAGGUCCGCGGAUCGCGCGUUUGUUUGUUUUGUUUUUAGACAAAAGAAGAACGGUUUAGUCUUUAGCGAUGAUGUACAUUACAAACACUAGCUACGGCUGGGGAGCUGGUCCGAUGUACAUUUUAUCCAUGUUACAAUACGCGCCCGCAUACAAUGGUCAGCCAGUCUGGCAGUCGCAUCAGAUCAGCGACCGAUGAUCACUGGCUGACUGACUGGUUAACUGGCUGGCUGGCUGGCUGGCUGACCGAGCGGCACUCAAACUGUAUAAAUUGUAUCAUCAUUGGUUUAAGAUAAUGUAAGUUCUGUUAAGGCUACGGUAACCGCUUAUCCUGUUGCUCCUUCCCACGCACGCACACAAACACACAAAAAACACAUCUCUGCUAAUGUUAUUAAUUAUAAGUUAAGGACUCGCGGCAGUCUGUUCGGUGUAAUACUAGGAGUAAGAGCUCGGUUUUCUUUUUAAUUUACUCGUUUUUAGUCGCGGUUUCCUUUCUGCUGUUUUUUUUUUUUACAAUUAAGUUCCGCCCUUACGGCGGACGCCUAUAGCAGGCUAGCUCGAUCGAGCUCAGCCUUCUCGCUGUGCGUGUGUGUGUGUGUGUGUGGCUUGAAUUGUGUUACUAUAGUAUGUUAAAGUAUGCCAAGUCCCGUGUAUAUACACCUUGGUGGUGCGCGUCCACACCGUUUCGUUCGCUGCUCUUUCGUUUGUGCAAUUUCUUUCCUGAUUAGCGAGAAAGGGAGAGUGAUAGAGAGAGAGAGAGAGAGAGAAAGAAAGAGAGCUGGAACAGGACAAAAUUAAAUGUGAAUAAAAAGCGAUCCCGUUUAUUAAAAUCCGUGAGCAAAGCAUGCAGCGAGCUCUUGAAGUUUGUCACUGCCCCUUCCACAACGAACAGCACCGGACAGGGACCGAGGCCCAAAACAGAGGAUUCCGCUUCCAAACUCGUGGAAAGCCAGCCCGUACAAUGCAAAGCUAGAGAGAGGAAAACUGAUACAAAUUAGACCGCGAUAGGGCCACUGCGCGUUCUGGCUUCCUUUUUUUUUUGUUUUUGCUAACCAUUUCAAGCAUGCGCGAGUCGGAAGAUGCCGGAAGAUGACAUCCUCCGCAGACUUCCACUUUUGUGUUUAGAAUCUUGAUCUCAUUAAUUUAUUCCUCUGCUUUCCUUGCUACAGUACGAGCUCUUUUGAUUGGUUUAUUUUCUAUUGGUUCUCUUUUCUGUUAUCCUUGCCAUUCUUCUCUUCCUCUCUCCCUCUCUCUCUCUCUCUCUCUCUCUCUCUUUCUCUUUCUCUCUCUCUCUCUCUCUCUCUCUCUCUCUCUCUGUCCUGGUCUCUUGCUCGCUUGUUAGCAAAAUAUCCUUCGUGUUUCCUUCAUAGCUUCUUCCCGUUUUUAUAACAACCAUACCUUCUGUACGGACAAGUGUUGUGCGGAUUCCUGUACGAGAGUGUCCUGGGGAUGCAAGGCAAUAAAAGAAAACAACCAAACAGGGGGUAGAGCACUACACUCUGCCAAGCAUAACAAGGCAUAUAGCAAUAGAAUGUACUGUAGAGCAAUAUUGUUUAAAAGAAAGUAAACAUAUAAUUUUCUUCCUUGUCCCUUCCAUCUUUCCCACCAUCAUCUCCCACAGGGAUGCCCCACAAAAACAAAUAUAGCAAAAGGAAAAGAAUGCUUUACUAAACCACAAUUAAAGUAAAAUUAAAUCAUAAACAUCGGGUUUACAACAAAGACACACACACCGCAAACGAAUAGUACGAAAGCAGAGCCCCCCAACCGUAGGGCAGGUUGAAGCGAAAGCAGGAACAGAACAAGAUGUAAAACAAACCAACAAUCAAAUGAAAUCAACCAACCACAAACUUGUCGAUAUUGAAAUAGUUUUAUAUAUGUAUACAUAUGUUACACGAGUUGUAAAGAAGUUUUUAUAAUGCGCGACGCGAAUCGCAGCAACCAUGUCCCCCAUACACGAACACACACACACAAUACUUUCGAGCUGGCAGCGAGCGAAACAUCGGAAACAGGACAACCACUAAACAUAAAUGUAGUAAAUGUGGGCAAGAGCGGUGUGUUAGAAAGGAAGAGCAGGAGAGAGGGAGAUCGACAAAGCGAAAGAUGCUGUGCUGUGGUGGAUCGCUAGUGAUCGCGCGUGUUUUUUUUUCAUUUUUUUUUUUUGUAGAAUCGUGUGCUUAUUUGCCUGCCGCGGAGCUGAGCAUUGAUGGGCCGCGGCCGUGGCAGGUUGAUGUAAAAUUAUUACUUUUUAAGUUUUUAAGGAUCGUGCGUUUCGUCGUCGGAAAUGUGAAAAAUAAAACGCUAUAUAAAUUAUA